CUGCGUGUGUGUGUGGGAUUAAAGUGGAUUUAGAUGUUCAGUGGCAGCAGUUGAAGAUGGCGAGCAGCUCUGAGAGACGGUGAAUCUUCUCUAAGACAUCAGAAGGCGACCUGGAGUCUGCCAGUGACAUCAUCAGCACGUGACUCCUUUCCCAUGGUGCCCUGCAGCCUCCGGGGUCGCCAUGGGAGACGAGUUGUACCCAGAAUGCCGAGCUCAAGAGCUGUUUGAUGAGUUUGUGUCGGCGUCGACCUGCAGGGCGGUGCUGUGGUCCUUCAGCCAGCUGUGUGAACAUCUGCAGCUGGACCGGAGCGCUGCCGAGAGGCCGCUGUACCAACCAAUCAAACAGCGCCUCAACUACUGGAGGGCCAACGCUCUGUGGGCCAAACUGGACCGAAGGGCCAGUCAGCAAGAGUACCAGAGGACCCGAGUCUGCAACAACACCACUUGUGUGAUCAUCGGGGCGGGGCCCUGCGGUCUGAGGACAGCAGUGGAGCUGAGCUUCAUGGGAGCUCGGGUGGUGCUGCUGGAGAAGAGAGACUCCUUUUCCAGGAACAACGUGCUCCACCUGUGGCCCUUCACCAUCCACGACCUACGGGGCCUCGGGGCCAAAAAGUUCCACGGAAAGUUCUGCGCCGGCUCCAUCGACCACAUCAGUAUCCGUCAGCUGCAGCUGGUCCUGCUAAAGGUCGCCUUAUUGCUUGGGGUUGAAGUCCACGUCAACGUGGAGUUUAAAAACCUGGUGGAGCCGCCAGAAGAUCAGCACAGACACAAGGUGGGAUGGAGGAUGGAGGUGAGUCCAAAGUCUCAUCCUCUCAAUCAGCUGGAGUUUGAUGUCAUCAUCGGAGCAGACGGACGAAGGAACACACUCCCAGGUUUCAGGCGUAAAGAGUUCAGAGGGAAGUUGGCCAUCGCCAUCACAGCAAACUUUAAAAACAGAAACACCAGAGCUGAGGCCAAAGUGGAGGAAAUCAGUGGAGUGGCUUUCAUCUUCAACCAGAGGUUCUUCCAGGAAUUACGACAGGAAACUGGGAUUGAUCUGGAGAACAUUGUGUACUACAAAGAUGACACUCACUACUUUGUGAUGACGGCAAAGAAACAGAGUCUGUUGGAAAAAGGAGUCAUUAUACAGGACUUUGCAGACACAGCACAGCUUCUCUCUCAGGGGAACGUGGACCAGAAUGCAUUGCAGGCGUACGCCCGCGAGGCUGCCGACUUCUCCACCAAUCACCAGCUGCCGUCUCUGGACUUUGCCAUGAAUCACUACGGUCAGCCAGACGUCGCCAUGUUCGACUUCACCUGCAUGUAUGCAUCCGAAAACGCCGCCAUGGUUCGCCAACGACACGGACGCCAGCUGCUGGUCACACUGGUGGGAGACAGUCUUCUGGAGCCCUUCUGGCCGAUGGGAACAGGAAUAGCUCGAGGGUUUCUGGCAGCUCUGGAUUCAGCCUGGAUGAUACGAAAUUGGGCUCAAGGAGGAGCUCCCCUGGACGUCCUGGCAGACAGAGAGAGUGUGUACCGUCUCCUCCCUCAGACGACUCCAGAGAACCUGCAGAAGAACUUCAGUCUGUUUACAGUCGAUCCAACAACAAGAUACCUGAACAUCAACCGUCUGCUCAUCACACCUGCUCAGGUGAGACACCUUGUGGACACAGGAGAGGAGGCGGGGCUAAACACAGGCUGUAGUGACAUCAUCCGUCUGCCGUCACCCAGAUUCCUCAGACAGAGUUCUUUCUCUCAAUCCAAUAAGCUGCUGACUUGGUGUCAGGAGCAGACUCGUGGUUACCGUGGCGUUACCGUUAGCGACCUGACUACUUCCUGGAAGAGUGGCCUCGCUCUCUGUGCCCUGAUUCAUCGAUAUCGACCGGAUCUGAUUGACUUUGAUUCUCUGGACGAGUCGUUGGUGGAAGAAAACACUCGUCUCGGCUUCGACGUGGCUGAACGGGAGUUUGGGAUUUCUCCUCUGAUGACGGUGGAAGAAAUGUCUGUAGGAGAACCGGACUCUCUGUCUGUGGUGAUGUACCUGAGUCAGUUCUACCAGCUGCUCAAAGACACACCGCCCCCUGCUGGUUGUCUGAGUCAGAGUUCUGACCUGAGAUCAGCUCUCAUCACUCCGGCCUCCCUCCUCAGUAGACUGGGACUCAGUUCGUCCAGAAAGAGAAACCCAAAGGAGCAGAAAGAAGCUUGGGGUAAAAGGAGGAAGACCAGCGGACUGUGUCGAGAGCAGCAGGAGUCAUGUGACGUGAACGGUGAUGUCGACAGCCAGGUGUAUGAUGAGGCGUUUGUGGGCGGGUCCAGUCGCUCCAGAGUGCGUCUGAUGGCCAAUCAGCUGCAGGCGAAGCUGGACGAGAGCUCGACUUCCUGCAGGAGUUCUUCUUCUGCUGCUGCAGCUUUACGUCGAGAGCAGGGGGAGCUGAUGUCCAGCCUCCCCCCCCCCUCGCAGUCGGCUGCAGCUCCACUUCAUACGUCGUCAUGGAGACCGAGGAAACGAACUCUUCAACAGGAACAGAUGAGUUUUCGGUUCAAAGAGAAGAUCAAGUCCCAGUCCGUCAUCGGCGGGGAGGAGCAGUGUCUGCAGAUGUACACUGGUGGAGUGAGCUCAUUGGCUGAGCAGAUAACCAAUCGGAUUCAGAGUCAGGAGGAAGUGAGUUUGUCCUCAGGCUGCAGUGACGUCUGUUUCUUCUGUCAGAAGAAAGUUUAUCUGAUGGAGCGUUUGAGUGCAGAAGGUUUGUUCUUCCAUCGCAGCUGUUUCCAGUGUUUCCACUGCAGCAACACACUCAGACUGGCUUCAUACGCCUUCGACCAGCACAGAGCGAGGUUUUACUGUCUUCAUCACUUCGACUCUCGUCUGAAGCAGAGACCGACUGACAGAGCGGCCGCACAACCAACGUCAAUCGCGUCUCUGGGUUCAGCUCCAUCGCUCUCCUCUGCAGACUCUCUGAUCUCAGCUGACCGCCGUCGCUCUUCAGUUGUUUCUGUGAUGGUGGCGACGCCAGAGAGGAUCGAGCUGGAAAACUACCGCCGGAGCUCGACGAAGGUGGAGGCGGAGCUGCUGGAGGAGCGCGAGGAGCCCGAGGAGGUCUCCGAGGAGACCCUGAACCGGUUCAACCUGAGCCUGGACGAGAAAAUCAACCGCAGUUCAGAGUCGGAGAUGGAGGAAGAAGAGGAGGAAGAAGAGGAGGGCAGCGGUCGGCAUCGAGUGACUUCAGUGGAGUCCACAGCUUCAUGGAGGGGAACCCUGCACCUCCACCAGAGAGACGACCAGGAGGAGGAAGAGGAAGAUGAAGAAGAGGAGGAGGAGGAGGAGGAGGGAGGCAGUGAGGUGGAGUCCAGUGACGAGGAGGAGUUUUCUUUCUCCUCCUCAGCAGCAGGAAGUGACAUCACACACUGUGACACACCCGUGGAGCCUGACUCCACCUCCAGCCCGCUGCCCUGCUUCCCCUCCUCCGAACCUCCAUCUGAGACCCCGCCCUCCACUGCCUCCUUCAUCACCACGCCUGACUCCACCCCCGAUGACGACGACUCAGUUCUGCCGACGCAGCUCACACCUGUCGUCGUCAUGGAAACAGCUGCUCAGAGACACGCGCCCCUACAACCUGCUGGGGGGCGGGGCUCGUUUGAUGAUAUCAGCCCUGAACUUCCACCAAAAAAACCCCUCCUGCUGCAGGAGAGAGGGGCGGAGCGAGAAGAGGAGGGGGGGGCAGAGAAAGAGGAGGCGGAGUCAGAGGGGGUGAGGAGGAGGAGGAGGAGACAUAGAGGAGCCCACAGCCUCCCCCCUCGCUUCUUCCUCCCCCCUCUGCAGGGUGGGGGCGGGGCACUCCUCCUCCAGCUGAAGGGGCUCAGAGAGGCUCCGCCCCCUGGACAGGUGGAGAUGGAAGGGGGCGGGGCCAGAGCCCUGUGGAGGUUGGUGUUCUCUGGAAACAGGAAGGAGAAGAAGUGGGAUGGGAUUUUACCUUCAGAGAGGGUGAAGAAGGACGCAGCCAAUCAGAGGAGGGCCACAGAUGUGAGGGGAGGUCUGAGUCUGACAGAAGAGUCGGAUCUGGACUCGUCGGCUCUUCUGCAGAGAUGUUCGCUGAAACCCAGAAACAACCUGCGUUUGGAGCUGUUUGACCUCACGUCUCAAAUUCAGAGAGUCACAAUAAAAGAGGAGGAGGAGGAGAACCAGGAGCCUGCGUAUGUUCCUCACGCUCUGGCUUUUAAACGAGCGUACGCCAUCAAGAGACGCUCUCUGAAGGACAGAGUCCCCCUUCAGGACUCUGAAGGACGGUCCUCUUGUUCCACAGAGGUGGUGGGGGUCCUGGUCCAGCCGAAGGAGCCGUCUAGUCUGAGCGUGAAGGAGACCAUGUUCCAGAGGGGACAAGAGGACGAAGUUGAAGACCUGGAUGCCAAAAUCACCCGAAGAGUUCAGAGAGCUGCGAGAAGAAAGGCCAAACAGGAACAGCUGAAGAGACUCCACAAAGCUCAGAUGAUCCAGAGACAGCUGCAGCAGGUGGAGGAGAAACAGAGACAGCUGGAGGAGAGAGGAGUGAUGGUGGAGAAAGCUCUGAGAGGAGAAGCAGAUUAUUGGGGAGACGACAACAAUGGCCAAGACGUCGAGCUUCACCUGGGAGGACUAGGGAAACUGGAUAAUCCAGCUCUGAUGCAGCAGUGGUUCCAGUUGGUCCAGCAGAAGAACGCUCUGGUUCGAUAUGAAUCUGAACUCAUGAUAUUUGCUCGGGAGUUGGAGUUGGAGGACCGUCAGAGUCGACUGCAGCAGGAGCUCAGAGAGCGGAUGGCUGUGGACGACCACCUGAAGGAGGACUGGGAGCUGGUGGAGGAACGUCUGAUCCUGGAGGAGAUGUUGGAGGUGGUGGAGCAGAGAGACUCUCUGGUGUCUCUGCUGGAGGAACAAAGACUGCAGGAACGACAGGAAGACCAGGACCUGGAGGAGGUCAUGAUGACCCGAGGACUAGGACUCAGCUGGACCUGAACCUGGAAGGGUCUCUGCAGGACCUGACCUGGUCUGCAGUGAUGACUACAAGCCUGACUUUAUCAAUGCAAAGACUGAUAUCAAAACCAUUUAAUGUUACUGUGAUUCCAUUUAAGCCAGAAAAACCUUUCCAACAGCUGUUCUGUGAGUUUUUGGACCAGAUCUAAAGUGGACUCGUGGAAACCCCAAACCACACAUUCAUAAAUGUUAGCUAAUAAACUACAAUAGCUUCCUCCAUUUUGGACUCUCCGGCUCUCCGUCCACUGAAAGCUCAGCUCUGUCAGGACGGCUUGUUAUUGGCCUCCAUAACUGUAUAAUUGCAGCUGGUGCGUGAACUCGGCACAUCUCUUUAAAAUUCAAACAUUGCAGUCUCAGGUACGAGGAAGGCCUCGUGUAUCUGCCUUCAUCAGUCAACAGCAGACCGUUAUCAGGACCACAAUGUGACGCUUUGUUCUCAUGAUCAGUGAAAAACUCCAACAAUGUCGAGUAUUUAUGUGAUCACGAGCCACAAAGCUCUCAGUGAAGAUCCAUUUAGGAGGGAAUGGGUUAAAAAGGCCUGUUUCAUUAUAUCAUCAUUAACAUCACAAGUAUAAACCAGAAUUUAAAAAGUUUGAAUAGUUUUCUUUUGUCUGAAUAAAACAAAAUUAUGUUUAUGAUGGUCAGCAUAUCCAACAGCCACCAGGGGCGCUGCUCUGCUACUGUCAGUCACCUCCAUUGGAACGAAUGACUCGUCUGUUAAUCCAACAACACAUUACGUUGUGUACAUGGCGUUAGCUGCAGAGCUAAUGAAGCUGCCGAGCUAACCUUUAACAUGCUAUGUAGCUGGAAACAUGCUAGUGCUAGCCAGCCACAACAGCCUGCCAAAUUAGCUAGUACACGUGACAAAGUGCUGACUGGCAGUUAGGGGAGCGUAUAUAUGCUCCUCAGCUCAAUAUCCUCUGAACGCGACACAUUAAGGAGACCUUUCAAAGGGUUUUAUGUUCUCAGCAAUGUUUUUUUCGUAGGUCAGAUGUUCAGUGUGUGUUUCCCUGGGUCAAUAUGUUGAAAUCACCCACCUACAGUUUAUAGCCUACUGAUGUAAUACUCCUUGAAACCUACGCCCUCACAUUUGCGAGGAAGACUGUUUCCUUGACUUUAGACAUUGAUAUCUCCACAGUGGCUUAACUGAUUUUUACCGUCAAACUGCAUUAGAAACGUCCACCGUUUGUUCUUUUGCAGUUUGAACUGCGAACAUAGCCCUUACUUAUACUACUGACAUUUUAUCUUACUAUUCAUCACGGGAGUGGAAUCAUUCUUCUGUGGGGAGUGGGAUGGGACAGGAGUGAAAAUCCACUCCUGUGUCACCCUCUAUAUAGGACCCUGGGAACAUAGGACCCUGGGAACAUAGCACUCUGGGAACAUAGGACUCUGGGAACAUAGGACUCUGGGAACAUAAGACUCUGGGAACAUAAGACUCUGGGAACAUAGGACCCUGGGAACAUAGGACUCUGGGAACAUAGGACUCUGGGAACAUAGGACUCUGGGAACAUAAGACUCUGGGGACAUAGCACUCUGGGAACAUAGCACUCUGGGAACAUAGGACCCUGGGAACAUAGGACUCUGGGAACAUAAGACUCUGGGAACAUAGGACCCUGGGAACAUAGGACUCUGGGAACAUAAGACUCUGGGGACAUAGCACUCUGGGAACAUAGGACUCUGGGAACAUAGGACCCCGGGAACAUAGCACUCUGGGAACAUAGCACUCUGGGAACAUAGGUCCCUGGGAACAUAGCACUCUGGGAACAUAGGACUCUGGGAACAUAGGACCCCGGGAACAUAGCACUCUGGGAACAUAAGACUCUGGGGACAUAGCACUCUGGGAACAUAGGACUCUGGGAACAUAGGACUCUGGGAACAUAGGACCCUGGGAACAUAGGACCCUGGGAACAUAGGACUCUGGGAACAUAGCACUCUGGGAACAUAGCACUCUGGGAACAUAGGACUCUGGGAACAUAGGACUCUGGGAACAUAAGACUCUGGGAACAUAGGACCCUGGGAACAUAGGACUCUGGGAACAUAGGACUCUGGGAACAUAGGACUCUGGGAACAUAAGACUCUGGGGACAUAGCACUCUGGGAACAUAGCACUCUGGGAACAUAGGACCCUGGGAACAUAGGACUCUGGGAACAUAAGACUCUGGGGACAUAGCACUCUGGGAACAUAGGACUCUGGGAACAUAGGACCCCGGGAACAUAGCACUCUGGGAACAUAGCACUCUGGGAACAUAGGACUCUGGGAACAUAGGACUCUGGGAACAUAGGACCCCGGGAACAUAGCACUCUGGGAACAUAAGACUCUGGGGACAUAGCACUCUGGGAACAUAGGACUCUGGGAACAUAGGACCCCGGGAACAUAGGACUCUGGGAACAUAGGACUCUGGGAACAUAGCACUCUGGGAACAUAGGACUCUGGGAACAUAGGACCCUGGGAACAUAGGACCCUGGGAACAUAGGACCCUGGGAACAUAGGACUCUGGGAACAUAGGGAUGAGCCCCCAGUUAGCGCUACGUCACCGUGUACAGUAUCUCUAUAUCAGUAGCUGUGUGUGGUGACCAGGCUUUAGUCCGCCCCUUAGCUGAUGGGGAUGCUGAUGAUAUUGUGCUGAUGUUUAAUGAAAGAAUGAAAUGUUCAGUAUUAAAUAGAGAUUCAGUGUUCAGCAGGUUAUUAAAGUCAUUUUGAUUAUUGUGCCAUCAUCAUCAGCUGUUGAUCAGUUCAACCAAACUUCACCCGUCUGCCUUAUUUCACCUGAUCAUCUGAUCAAUAAGUGUAAUUAAUCCUGUUCAAAGUCAUGUGACUGUGAUGAGCUGAUGGUUAUAAAUGUAACUUUAACUGCACUGAACAACAAACAGCCUUUUAACUACAAUCUGACUUUAUACCUUCUUGAAUAAUAAAUGAUUUACAUCUGA